AUGGUGCACGCAGACUACUCGAAUCUCAAAUCUGGUGAAUUCUCCAAGGAAGAAACCCUCCAACAUGUUCUAGAUUCCUAUAAGGCAUUAGAAACUGACAACUGGGUGGCAAACUUAUCCAAUUGUUCGUCAUUGAUAUGGCAUGCAUACAAGUCAUUGAGCAUAAACGUCAAUUGGACGGGUUUUUACCUCACUAUUGAAAACAGCAAUGAUCAAACCUUGCCCAAAGAAUUAAUUUUGGGUCCAUUUCAAGGGAAAGUUGCUUGUCAAUUGAUUAAAUUUGGUCAUGGGGUUUGUGGAACUGCUGCUUCAGAACAAGUAACACAAUUGGUACCUGAUGUAGAAAAAUUUCCAGGUCAUAUUGCUUGUGAUGGAGAGACUAAAAGUGAAAUAGUGGUUCCUAUUGUGAAAAAUGGACAAACAAAGGGAGUAAUUGAUUUGGAUUGUUUGGAUCUUGAAGGAUUUGAUAAAGUUGACCAAGAAUAUUUACAGAAAUUGGCUGAAUUAAUUGCUCAAUCUUUGUAA